AUGGACACCAUCACUAAGAAGGAAGAGCAGGCCUGCCUUCUCGGGACACUCUGCUCGCCUCUCCAGAGCCUCCUUCUCAGGAUCCAAAACGAGACUUUAAGAACAGAAAUCGAAACGGUCACGGACCUCCGGAGCGGCAGGUCCGGCUGGGGUCGGGCAGCGGGUUCCGGGCGAGCCCAGGGCAGAGGCCCGGCGCACUCCACCACGCCGGUCCGAAGCCACCGGUUGCGGCGGCCGCUGGACGCUCGGCCACCUCGCCGCGGCCGCCUCGGCCCAGCGAAGUUCGGACGGCCGCGGGGGCGGCGCGCCCCCGGGUCCUGCUGCGGGUUCGCGCCCCAGCCCCGGAGCGAGCCCGGGGGGCGGGUCCGCGGGGGCUCGGCGGGAGGGAGCGCGGGGCGCGCCGGGAGGGGCGCGCGGCGGGCCCAGCGCGCCGGGGAACUUGGGCGCCGCGGUGCCGCCGCCCGGCCACUUUCCUUUCACGCCCCAGGGCUGCCGUGCGCCGCGCUGUCCGCCCGGGACAGCCGGCCGCCGCCGCCGCCGCCGCCGCCGCCGCCGCCGCCGCAGCAGCAGCGAGGCGCCCAGGCGCGCUCCUGCAGCCCGGCCGGCCGGCGCGCGGGGACGCGGGGACGCGCCAGGCCGCGCGCGGGCGCCGCGCUUCCCCCCACCCCCCCCCGCCCCCGCCCCCAACGCUCCGCCGCCGCCCGUUGGCGCCUCAGCCCGCGCGCCGGCCGCCCUCCGGCUCCCGGCGGAUGUUCGCUGGCAAAGUUGCGCGGCCGCCUCGAGGGGGCCGCCGCGCGGUCCACCACCCCGGCGCCGCCGCCGCCCCUUCAGGCCGCCGCGCGGGAAGGCCCAGCCGGCGGCCCCGCUUUUUUACCUGCCGGGAGUUUUCGCGCGCGCGCGCUCGCUCGCUCGUUCGCUUUUCCCUUCUCGCGCUCGUUUUCUUUCUUUCUUUCCUUCUUUCCGUUCCCCCGCGCGAGCGCUUUUUCCGCCCGCGCCGCCCGCGCUCGCCCGCUCGCGCCCUCCUUCCUGCUGGGCUCCGCCGAGCGGGGCGGCCGGCAGCUCUCCCCGCCCCCCUCCACCCGCGCUCCGGCGGAGGCGGCGGCGGCGGCGGCGGCGCUCCGCGCUCCGACUCAUUCCAAUAUGGCACGGGCGCAGGGCGCAUGCGCCCGCGCCCCCCCCCAUCCGCACUCCUCCCGGCAGCCGGCGCCCCUCAAGCCGCGCGCGUGGCGCCCCUCGGCCGGGCCUCCCCGAGCUAGCCCGCGCGUCUUCCGGCCCCGCUGGGCCGGUGCGGGAGGCAAGGCGGCCGAGGGCUGGGGUCCCGGGGGUCCAGCGCCGCCAGCCGACCCCGCCCCUCGUGCCCCCAGCCCACAACUUGCAGCGGACACCCCCGAGGCCGUGGCGCAGGGCAAGCGGCGGCGCCUCCGGACCCCCGACGGCCCUGCGGCCCCGCGCGGACGAGCCGCGACGGGGAGACGCGCCCCCAGGGACCCGGCGCCCAUCCGGUCCCUGCUCCGACCCACGAGGGACGGGCCUCCGCGCCUCACCUCGGGUUGUGGACGCAGCCCAGGGAGCCGGGUGGCGUCCGGGUGUCGAUUUUGGCGUGCUGGCCCGGGCGAAGCGCGAUGCUGUCUUCCGCACGUGACAGCCUCCGGCGAGGUGGCAUUAGCGGAGGAACGGACGGAGCGACGGCUGGAUCCCAGAUCCGCGCGUGUCGCCGCAGGAGAAGGCUGCGUCCGCCCGCCUAGCCCACGUCGGGGACCUGGCGCGCCCCUUGAGAUCUGGAAAGGCACCCAGGUGCCCCCUGUCUGCGAAGUCAGACCCGGGGCCCCGGCGCACCCGGUGUCUCCAGGCUUCCGCAGGAGGCGCCCUGUAAAGCCGAGUUUUCCUGCCGCUCGGGGCCCCGGCGAGGGGGCACAAGACGGCUGCCGAAUUCCGGCGGGAGAGCAGGGGGCCCCGGGUCGGGACAGAAGCUCGAAGGUGGCUACAAGCCGGCCCCGCAACCCGAGGUGUCCACGGGCGGUUAUGUUCCCCGAGCUCGCCCCUUCCCCAGCGAGGGCAGGUGCCAGUGGGACACCCCCCUCCCCACCUGCUCUGGAGAGUUCCCGGCAGGAGGGAGUCCCUGCGCCACGGAGACUCAGGAGUGCCCCGACUCCUGGGCCCGGGAAGGAGGUCUCCGACAGGGCUCCGAUGGCUCCAGCCUUUCAGGGAGGAGGAGGCACCCCCACCGCAAGAAGGAGGUCUGGGGUGCCAAAUGCGGCUCAAUUCGCUUCCCGCUGA